AGAUCCCACAAGCCGUAACGCUCCGGCGCUUGAUUCCGCAGCGGCCCUAGGGGAAGCGCGAUGGCAGCCGAGCUUUGCCGCCUGCAUAUUAACGCAGGGAUUGGAUCAAGCUGAUGGUUGCCGUGCAAUAAGUGGUGUUGUUGUAAGAGCGAAAAUGAGGGCAUCGCCAAGCAGCCUGCGCAAACUCGAGGUCGCCCACAACGACGAGAGGCAUUCAGGAAACCAGGUCGAUGAGCGAUUUCUAUUAUUCAUCAUUUCUGUCCUUUGCACACGCCACUGCUGCACUGCACCCCUUAUCAUGUCCGUAUCAAGACCUAUAUCAUGCGUACCCACGCAAGACGUGCGUGCCGCUGCCCAGCUGAGGCCACGGGGGGUGACAAAAAGGGUCAGCUUGAUGUAACUCAUUUUGCUUGUCAUCGCGACCGUUGCCGGAGAGGCUGUUUAAGAAACGUGCUCGCCGUUCAUCGGCUUCGUUUGACUCCUUCAACUCCUUGUCUCGUGUAUUCAGCUUGACUGCCUCCUUGAUAUUACCAAACAUGAAAAAUAAUACGGCCGCGGCAGCCCCGGCGAAAAAGCGUGGGAUGGCUAACUCGGCCGAUGGGGCGGAUCGCAGGAUAAGCCCGGGCGAUGCUUUUGAUCUCUCGCUCAGCCUAUCCAAAAACAUCUGCUAUGACCUCAUAAUCUCAUAGCCAACACGGACCUUUUCAAGGAGAUGGCAAAAGCAGCUCAGCGAGCAAAAUAUCAUAAUUCCUCAUGAUCUGUCUCUUUUUUCGCCUCUUGUCGUAUAUUCCACACUCCGGCCGGCGGCGCUGGCCGGUGGAGCACAGCAUGAAAUGACCAAGACGGC